GCCGCCGUCUGGGGGCUGAGGCGGCGCGUGCGCGCGUGCGCAGUGCGCGGGCGGGCCGUCGUGGGCGCCGCUCCCGGCAGCCGGGUGCCUGUGGAGAGCCGGGACCGCGGCGGCGCCGGUGCUCCGGGGCCGAGGCCGCGUGUAAUGUUCAAGCCCAGAAAUGCCUUAUGUGGAUCGUCAGAAUCGCAUUUGUGGUUUUCUAGAUAUUGAAGAAAAUGAAAAUAGUGGCAAGUUUCUUCGAAGGUACUUCAUACUGGAUACCAGAGAAGAUAGUUUUGUAUGGUACAUGGAUAAUCCACAGAACUUACCUUCAGGAUCAUCACGUGUUGGAGCCAUUAAACUUACCUACAUUUCAAAGGUUAGCGAUGCAACUAAGCUAAGGCCAAAGGCUGAGUUCUGUUUUGUUAUGAAUGCUGGAAUGAGGAAGUAUUUCCUACAAGCCAAUGAUCAGCAAGACCUAGUGGAAUGGGUAAACGUUUUGAACAAAGCUAUAAAAAUUACAGUACCAAAGCAGUCAGACGCGCAGCCCAAUUCUGACAACCUGAAUCGCCAGGGUGAAUGUGGGAAGAAGCAAGUGUCUUACAGAACUGAUAUUGUUGGUGGUGUACCCAUCAUUACUCCAACUCAGAAAGAAGAUGUAAAUGAAUGUGGUGAAAGUAUUGACAGAAAUAAUUUGAAGCGGUCACAAAGCCAUCUUACCUACUUUCCUCCUAAACCGCCUCCAGACAGUGCUGUUAUCAAAGCUGGAUAUUGUGUAAAACAAGGAGCAGUGAUGAAAAACUGGAAAAGAAGAUAUUUUCAGUUGGAUGAAAACACAAUAGGCUACUUCAAAUCGGAACUGGAAAAGGAACCUCUCCGGAUAAUACCGCUUAAAGAAGUUCAUAAAGUCCAGGAAUGUAAGCAAAGUGACAUCAUGAUGAGGGACAACUUGUUUGAAAUUGUAACAACAUCUCGAACUUUCUAUGUUCAGGCUGAUAGCCCUGAAGAGAUGCACAGUUGGAUUAAAGCCAUCUCUGGUGCCAUAGUAGCACAGCGAGGACCUGGCAGAUCAGCCUCUUCUGUAGGUUUCCUGCUCUCUGGGAUGCGGCAGGCCAGAAGGCUGUCGAACCCUUGUAUACAGAGGUAUACAUCAAGAACUGGUGAAUGCAGCACGAGCAUUCCGGCUGUCCUUCAGAAUGCAAGCACGCUCCCCGGCCUGCCGGCGCCACCGCCGCCUCACAUUCCGCAGCCUGUCGCAGCCACUCUCUGGUCUCCAGCUUUACCAUGGAGAAGCGAGGAUUUUACGAAUCUCUUGCCAAGGUCAAGCCAGGGAACUUCAAGGUCCAGACUGUCUCUUCAAGAGAACCAGCUUCCAAAGUGACUGAGCCAGCUCUGCUAAAACAUCAAAGUAAAAAUGGCCCUCAGGAAAAAGAUCACGCCCCAGUGGACCUGGAUGAUGCAAGCCUUCCAGUGAGCGAUGUGUAAGAUGGAGGCCUGGGGGGCCUCCAGCCCGUGCACCCAAUCCUCAGGGUCCUUUCAUGAGGCUGUCGCCAAAGAUGAUAAAUAGUGAGAUGGGUUAGUGCGCACAUUGUGCGGCCUCCUAGGUGUGCCCUCUAUAAGCCCCUAAACCAAGAAGCUAGGGAGUGGCCAAACGGAAUGUCAUUUAAGAAAGAGAGAAAAACACCGAAUCGUUUCAGUAUCAGUUGUUUGAGGCUGUGUGUGUUCUCAUUUGGGUGGUAAAAAGGUAUUGUGGAAUUCUUUUUCCCUAGUGACUUUGACAAUUUAAAUGUUUUAACAACUUAAAACAUUAAAAAUGCUUACUAAUUAUUUUGGUCAUUUAAAAAUGCAACUAUGACUUCCUAUUAAAUGUUCAAUGUUUUUCUUAUUGGUUACUAUUAUCAAAUGGAGUAUUGCCAGAUUAAGAUUCCUAAACUCACAGUGUCUGUGGUGCUGCCAAACGUAUGCUGCAGGGUGGACUGUUUUGAAAUGGACGUUUUUGAUAUUCUGGAUCUCAAGCUGAGUGCUAGGUGUUGCGUAGAAGAUAAGGUAUGAUUAGACCAUUGGUAAGGAUGGUGGGUUGUAGAAGAGGGGGAAAAUAGGCAUUCAAGCAACUGUGUCUGAGAUACUUAUUUGAAAAGCUUAGUCAGGACUUGCAGUUGUCAGUGCUUUAUUCAAUGAAAAUUACUUGGUUAGAUAUGUUUGGAGAUCUGAUUUUCUUAUCAAAGUUUUGUAUAUAGUUCUUAUUUUGAUAUUUGAAUCAGUGAAAGACCUCAAGUUUAUAUGUAAAGUCAUAACUGCCCUUAGUCAUGAAAUGGUGUGGCCUCGACUUUUCUGUCAUUAAUAACCUGUAUUCAAGUGCCUGUGUUUUUUCAUCUUGUCUAGGAAUAUGCUCAGAAGUCCUCUAUGAUUGGCUUUAAACAUUGGGAUAAAAUUAAUAUUCAGUAGAAUAGUUAAAUGUGCUAAUAAAUAAGAUAGCAUUUUAUGUUAGAUAUACCAGAAUUCUGGUAUUCUACUACCUGUGCAAUAUAUGUUUUUUUAAAAACGAAUUUGAGUAUACAUUUAAUCUUGGGGAUAUCAUAAAUCUUAGCACCUCUCUAAAGAAUUCUUAGUUUCAAGAGUUGAAUGAUAGACCUGUUUGAGCAAGUACCGUUUUGUGGUUCAGUCUUGAAUAUUUGCUUUAAGAAAAGAAGUCUUGAAUUUCACAUGCUGCUAUUUUUAUGAUAUUUUACCAUUUUACAGUACUGUUUUGUUUUGAAUUAAUGCAUAUCACCAUUGUUUCUUUGUUGUUGUUGUUUUUCUGUCAGUCGUGGGGCUUGAACUCAGGGCCUGAGCUCUGUCCCUGAGCUUUUCAGCUCAAAGCUAGUGCUCCACCACUUUGAGCCACAGCGCCACUUCUGUUUCUUUUUAUUUUCUAAGAUGACUUCUUGUCUAAGAGAGAAGAAUUUGCUACUACCAUGGUAGGUAGGGUCCAGAGGUUGUAGGAUAGAUUUUACUAGAAUUAUACGGUAUCUAUUGGUUUAAAAAUCCAUAUGCCUAAGAAUGCCCACUCAACUUUUUAUUCAUAAGCUAAUUUUUUAAAGCUGUAUUUAGGUUUUUCUCUUUUGCACCUUGGUUUGAAAGGGUAGAAUGAAAGGGUUUAGAUAGUUCCUACUUUUUCUGCUGACAUAGCCAUUGUAAUGGCUCUUCUGAAAGUUCCUUUCUCAUGAACACACCUAAGAAAUCUCGUGUAGACCCUUUGCAGUACCCAAGCACGCCAUGACACUUUCUUUGGCGCAACUCCCCCAUUGCAUGCCAGGUUAGCAUAUUCCGUCUGGUAUUGAUAAUUUGAUAUAUUUCAUGGUGGCAAAAUACUAGCUCUAUUUUGAAAUGUUUUAUUUAGAACUACCCUUACUUAAUAGCAUAGGAAAAUGUUCUUGUGAUUGUCAGGGUCUCUUAAUAUUUAUCUCAAUUCUUUUUUAACUCUAUGGGAAUUAUUUAAUUAUUUUAAAACUUACACUUUUUUCUGUAAAUACGUCACAUCUGAAGUGUCACAAAAUCUGACAUCCCUUAUUAUGUGCUGCAUUUUUCCUGUGUGUAUAACAUGUCUUCUUUCGCAGUGGGAAUGUGUGCGUCCCAGCGUUCACUGUUACCUCUGUUACCCUGUACGUGUCAAACUGGUUGAACACUGUAAUGACUUGAGAAUAAACUGCUCAAAAUUCCUCCGACCUAUUUCUUAUUUCACUUGGUGUCUGUGUGAAAAAGUCAGUGGAAUAAGGACAGAAUAUGUUUGCUUA